GAGCGGAGCAGCGAGCGAGCGUGUGUGUGUUUUUAAAGAUGGCCGGAGCGGCGGCGGCGGUGGCCGCGGGAGCAGCAGCUGGAGCCGCCGCGGCAGCCGUGUCGGUGGCGGCUCCGGGUCGGGCCUCGGCGGCCCCGCCGCCCCCGCCCGUGUACUGUGUGUGCCGGCAGCCGUACGACGUGAACCGCUUCAUGAUCGAGUGCGAUAUAUGCAAGGACUGGUUCCACGGCAGCUGUGUUGGAGUAGAAGAACAUCAUGCUGUUGACAUUGACCUGUAUCACUGUCCCAAUUGUGCAGUUCUACAUGGUUCCUCCUUGAUGAAAAAGAGGAGGAACUGGCACAGGCAUGACUACACAGAAGUUGAUGAUGGUUCCAAACCAGUGCAAGCUGGAACUAGGACUUUUGUUAAGGAAUUACGAUCUCGAGUCUUCCCAAGUGCCGAUGAAAUCAUUGUAAAGAUGCAUGGCAACCAGCUGACACAAAGAUACCUGGAAAAACAUGGAUUUGAUGUCCCUAUUAUGGUCCCUAAAUUAGAUGAUCUAGGACUCAGGCUCCCUCCACCUGCUUUUUCUGUGAUGGAUGUGGAACGUUAUGUAGGUGGUGACAAAGUAAUAGAUGUCAUUGAUGUGGCAAGGCAGGCAGACAGCAAAAUGACACUUCACAAUUAUGUUAAAUACUUCAUGAAUCCUAACAGACCAAAAGUGUUAAAUGUGAUCAGCCUUGAAUUUUCAGAUACAAAGAUGUCUGAAUUGGUGGAGGUCCCUGAUAUAGCCAGAAAACUGUCCUGGGUGGAAAAUUAUUGGCCAGAUGAUUCAGUCUUUCCCAAGCCAUUUGUUCAGAAAUACUGUUUAAUGGGAGUUCAAGACAGCUAUACAGAUUUCCACAUUGACUUCGGUGGAACUUCAGUCUGGUACCAUGUCCUCUGGGGUGAGAAGAUUUUUUAUUUGAUAAAACCAACAAAUGAAAAUUUGGCACUCUAUGAAUCUUGGAGUUCGUCUGUGACCCAGAGUGAAGUGUUCUUUGGAGAUAAAGUGGAUAAAUGCUAUAAAUGUGUGGUAAAGCAGGGGCAUACCUUAUUUGUUCCUACAGGGUGGAUUCAUGCUGUGCUCACUUCUCAGGACUGUAUGGCUUUUGGGGGAAACUUUCUGCACAACCUUAACAUUGGCAUGCAGCUCAGGUGUUAUGAGAUGGAGAAAAGGCUAAAAACACCAGAUCUUUUCAAAUUCCCUUUCUUUGAAGCCAUAUGUUGGUUUGUAGCCAAAAAUUUGCUGGAAACCCUGAAAGAACUGAGAGAAGAUGGCUUCCAGCCUCAGACUUACCUAGUACAGGGAGUUAAAGCUCUGCAUACUGCUUUAAAAUUAUGGAUGAAAAAAGAUCUUGUAUCUGAACAUGCCUUUGAAAUUCCAGACAAUGUUAGACCUGGACAUCUCAUUAAGGAACUUUCUAAAGUAAUUCGAGCAAUAGAGGAAGAAAAUGGCAAACCAGUUAAAUCUCAGGGAAUUCCUACUGUGUGUCCAGUUUCACGAUCCUCAAAUGAAGCAACCUCCCCAUACCAUUCCCGGCGAAAGAUGAGGAAACUUCGAGAUCAUAAUAAUAUUCGAACUCCUUCUAACUUAGACAUCUUAGAGCUCCACACAAGGGAAGUUCUUAAAAGAUUAGAGAUGUGUCCAUGGGAAGAGGACAUCUUGAGCUCUAAACUGAAUGGAAAAUUCAACAAACAUCUCCAACCAUCUUCCACGGUACCUGAAUGGAGAGCAAAAGAUAAUGAUCUACGAUUGCUGCUGACAAAUGGAAGAAUAAUUAAAGAUGAAAGACAGACCUUCGCAGAUCAGAGUAUUUACACAGCAGAUAGUGAAAAUGAAGAGGAUAAGAGAAGGACAAAAAAGAUCAUUAUGAAGACAGAAGAGAGUUCAGGAACAAACAGGACAGAAAGUGAAGAAUCUCGAAAACCACUUAACAGGUUUUUCACAAGUGUGAAAUCAGAACUCAGGAAUAGAUCAUCAGAAUAUUCUGAUAUUUCUGAUUCAGAAGACUCUGGAGCUGAUUGCACUGCACUGAAAAUUAAUUUUACCACUGAAGAGUCCGAAAGUUCUGGCGAUGAAAAGAAACAAGAAAUAACAUCAAAUUUUAAGGAGGAAUCUAGUGUGAUGAGGAACUUACUACAAAAGAGUCAGAAGCCAUCUAAAAGUGAAAUUCCAAUUAAAAGGGAAUGUCCUACCUCGACAAGCACAGAGGAAGAAGCUAUUCAGGGCAUGCUGUCUAUGGCAGGGUUGCGCUAUUCCACGUGUUUACAAAGGCAGAUACAAAGCACAGACUGCAGUGGUGAGAAGAACUCUCUCCAGGAUCCUAACAGCUGCCACAGCAGUAACCAUGAGGUUAGGCAGUUGUAUCGAUAUGAUAAACCAGUGGAAUAUGGAUACCGUGUCAAGACUGAAGAUCAAGACUUGAGAACUUCUUCCUGGGUUAAACAAUUUGAUAAAACUUCCAGAUUUAAUCCUCAGGACCUGAGCAGAAGCCAGAAAUGCAUCAAAAAGGAAGGUUCAUCAGAAAUCAGUCAGAAGGUACAAAGUAGGAAUUAUAUGGAUAACAGUGGCUCAAGUCUUCAGAAUGGAAAGUACAUGCAGAAUUCCAGCUUGCUUUCAGGGGCAUGCCAGAUGAGUAAUGGCAGCCUAAGUCCAGAAAGGCCAGUUGGUGAAACUUCCUUUUCAGUGCCCCUACACCCUACCAAGAGACCUGCAUCAAAUCCACCGCCUAUCAGCAACCAGGCAACAAAAGGUAAACGUCCUAAAAAAGGAAUGGCAACAGCCAAACAACGUCUUGGAAAGAUCCUUAAGUUGAACAGAAAUGGCCAUGCACGUUUCUUCGUGUGACAGAGCCACUGUUGCAGCCACUCUUCACUUUGGAGACCAGUCUUGGGGUGCAGGAGCCUGGAGCUUCCACCAUCCCUUGCCUGGAACAUUUGUGUGUACAGUAAGAACACUGCCCGAGGAACAGAAUGAACCUGAUGCUGCAUUUUCACUGUGCCACACCCACUCAGCAAUAACCCUUUGGACCUGGUGGGGGAGAGGAAGAAGGAGGGUAGAACCUUAAAAAGAGACCUUGAACUGGAAAGGGUCUCUUGUCAGGGCUUGAAUUUCAUUUUGUUGUUGGUAGUGUCUUGAUUUAUUUUCUGUAAUAGGGUAAAGAAUUAUCGAUAAUUUAUUUAACAGAUUUUUUUAAAGUUAACAGCUUUUAAAUUCUUUCUUUUUUAAAGCUAUUUAUUUGGAAGAUUUCUGGAGAAAUAUCUCACUAAUUUAGAUUUAAGAAUGUGAAGGUUUUUAAAUUAUUUUUGAUAGUGUGUGUGUUACAUGUGGGGAAGAGCCACGGUAACAGUAACUAGUCUGGACUCUUAAAUUUGAUAUUCAGGUUAAAGUCUUAAACAGGGAUUUGAUGCAUUAAUUAUUUUAAAUUAAGAUGUAUAUGAAAAUCAUUUUAUUUUAUAUAUUUCAUGUGUUUUUUAUAAGCUAUUAGCUUCGCUUUUGCUAACAUUCAAGGUGCAUACUGUUAUCCAGGUUGAUUCCCUUACACCCCACCUUCCCUCUUCCCCGCAACCCCCGUCAUUUUGUGAUGACUCUUCGAGACUCUUUGCAGGGAAAUACUUCCAUAGCCAAUGUGUAAGAACUUCAUAAAUGAUCCUUCAUUUCUCAUUUCCUUUGACAUUGUGGUUUUCUUCUAAAUAUAAAGAAAUAGGCUUCUUGCAUUUUCAUUUCUGCUGAUGAUAUCUGGGUCCCAAAGAGAACAGCUUUAAUAUCUUUUUCCUACUUGUGAGGAAAGUAUUAUAAGUUUGGUUAAAUUGUCAUGUUUGUAUUUUUUCCAAAUACAUUUGUAACUACAGAGGGCCUUCUUCCUACUGCUGGUGUUGGAGGACAGGGCCAACGCCUGCUGCAAGGUUAUAUCUCAUGAUGCUUUUAUUCUCUACACCUAAUUUGUUGAAAAGUAUAAAUUGAUGUAGGAUACUCAAAUCUGCAUAAUAAGCCGUAAUAUAAUAGGAUUAUACUAUAUUAAGUUGUAUAGAUGCAAGCAUGUUGGAGUAGAUCAUAUAUGUGCGUGUGUGUUUACUUUUUCUUAACCUUCUGCAAAAUUAUUUCAUAUAUAGAUUUGGAGUAAAAUGGGUGCUUCUUUUUGCAGUUUCUUCCAUCUGUCUUAAAUUGACCAGUGCAUACUUAGGUCAAGUAUCUGUUUGAACUUUAAGGUAAUCAUUUGUCUACUUUAUGUACAAUUUUUACUAAAUAUUAGUUUUCAUUUGCUUAUCAGUUUCUGGGUCCCCCCACCCCCAUGGUAUAAAAAUAAAUGAUUGCUGGGGGUGAAGUGGAACUAUUCCCAAGUCUGACAAUAUAGCAUUUUAUAAAUUCCUACAAAGGCAAUAUAGGCAAAUAGACUGAAAUUUAUUUUUAUGGAGAAGAAAUAUGGCCACAGUAUGGAUUUGUCUUUUUUUUAAUAAGCAAGAUAGCAGGACUUUUUCCUUCUGUAUUAAAUAUCACUUAAGUCACUAAGAAAAAGAAAUCUAUACCAUUAUCUUUUAUGGUUGCAUUCAAAUAUGUAUUUCCAAAGAGAAACAUUUCUUACUUUGUAUUCAUUCCAGUAUUUCAUGGGAUAACUGUGAAAUAGCUUCUUAGUUGGCCUUUUUGGUCCAGAGUAUCUGGACCAGAGUCUGAAUCUUAUCUGGAUGUCCGGGAGAAGAAUUUUUAGAAAUUCUUAAAAUCUGUAAACCACCUACUUAAAACCCUGUUUGUACUAUGCCUAACUAGUGGAGAGAUGGCUGUAGUCAACCAUUGACUGGUCAUCACAUCUCAAGAUGCAAAAACCUGGCCUCACCUUUCUGCACAGUAUAUCUCUACAUACUUGUGUGUCUUGGUUUUCUGUAGACACUGUUUUGGUGUUACGGUAUACAUGUUUUUAUUCUGGUUUAAGAAAUAAGGACUAUAAUUUUUUUUUCCAGUUACCUCAUGAUCUGGAGGUUUUUUUCUUUGUAUUUUUCCCAAUUUAUUUUUAAUUAUAUUUUUCUUUAGCCAUAAAAAUUGAGAUAAAAUGUCAUUUAUUUUUAAUGAACAAAAAUCAUGGCCACUAUCCACCCUAUGUCCUGAGGUCAGUAAACACUAAUUCUGAAUAGCAAAUAUGUAAAAUUUUUAAGUGAAAUUACUGUGGAUUCUUUUUUUUUGGGAGCAGUUUUAGCCCACUAACUGGCUAAGUUAACAAAACUUUUCAGCAAGGUCAUAUAACCACUAUAAGAGGAUACAUGUUUUUUUUUUUUUUUU